AUGGGUAACGCAUCAAGCACCAAUACGCAUAGGUGGCUUCACUGUGAGGACGUACUUCGUCUCAUCCUUGCGGAGAUUCCCCGUCCAGACCUCAACUCUGCAUCUUUGAUCAGCCGCGACUUCGCCGUCGUAGCGCGUGGCCUCAUCUUGCAGCGAUUCGUGCUGGAUAUAUCAGAUGAGAACAAGUGCAAGCGCAGACUAGACACACUGCGUUCAUCUCCGCACAUUUCUGAACGUGUCACGGAGCUCGCCAUUGUCGGCGAGCUCACACGGAAACGGUGGUAUCAUCAUCUAAAGGAACUCGACGACAGUUCGUCUACCGAACUAGAACGAGUCGAAUCCCUCGAAGAACUCCAAUGUAUUAUCCAGGGUGGGAUCUUCAAAGCGGGAUUACAGAAAGUGCGGUGGGAUGCUGGCCUCGACAUACCAGCCACCUUGAUAAAUGCAAUUCAAGUUGGGUUCCCGGAAUGCCGCUUCACACUAGAGAAAUACGCAGGUUCGGUUCUUCCCGCUAUGCCCAAUCUCAUCUCGCUUGCUGCAACCGUGCGCUUUCCCGGCGACCCUCUACUUAAUUUCCAACCCAUUCUACUUCAUUCGCCUCGACUGCAUAGUCUGCGGAUCGCAGCAUACAACCGCUCAGGUUGCGUUGUGCGCGUCGUAACACUCGAGGAUACUGAAGACGAAGUUCAUACCAAACCAUUCUUGACGUACGACCCAACAAAGCCGGUCUGCGAGAUGGAGAUUGGCCCGCGAAUCGAGGAGCUUGUCUUAGAAGGCUUCACAUGGAGCGACGCGGGGGCUGUCAAGAGUCUCGAGAGUAUCUCGUGGUCGCGCCUGCGCAAGCUGGAGUUGACACGCUGCAAUGCCAUCCCACUUCUCCGCACAUGGGUUCUUGUCGGCACGAGCCUACCUUCCCUCGCGGAGUUCAAGUUUGUAGUAUGGCUCGAAAGCCAUGACGAGCAGACCCGCGCCAGUGCUACCACUCAGGCUCUCCAAAACUUCUUGUCGAGUGCAUCGGGACUCCAGGCUCUACACAUCGAGGGACCUCAUCACCCUUUGGUCUCAACCAUUGCGACACAUCAUGGAGCCAUCUUGCGGUCACUUGUACUGCACGAUCACGAACGCGCUGAUGAGCCUCAGCGAGCGACCCUGACUACACGAGAUCUUCGGAGGCUUGGCGAGAGCUGUAUCUCGUUGCACCAUCUCGGUGUCGAUGUUAACGCAGACUACACUGUGACUCAGGACGCGGACUCGAAGGUAACUCACUAUGGUCUUCGAUGA